GCUUUUUGCAAAGCACUCGCUUACGUUCCCGGUCUUACUGCACAGCCACACCAUGAGCAACAGCGGGGAUCCCCCUCCGAUAGAACGCAUCCCACAGACUAAUACAGACGUACACACAACGGGUCCUACAGCCCGGCAUAACAGUAACUAUAGCUCGGAUACAGAUCACAUAUUCGACUCCGAUGAGGAUGUACAGAUACCCGAGGCCGACCUAAUCCCGGGGCGGCCCACUACCGGUUCGGAUGGCGACAUUGAUGUUGAUGAUGAUCUAAGUGAUUUUAGCGAGCCUGGCGAUAACCACGAGAAUGGACACAAGAGCGAAGACGAUGACUACGUUCAAGGUGAAAGUGAGCCAGAGCAAGAUGAGAUCAUCACUGAAGGUGAAAGCUCGGCGGACGACAAGCCAUCGGCAAGGAACAGAAAACGUACAAUACGGUCCAGUAAAUCUGAAUUUUCAUACGCUGAAGAAAACCCAGAUUUGUAUGGCCUUCGACGAUCGGGCAGAGCGCGGACGCAACCGAAUCGCUUCACUGCUGCUGGUAAAGAGGGCAGUCCGAGUGAUGAUGAGGAGGAUGACGACGACUAUGGAUCACGGCGUAAGAGCAAACAACGCAAAGGCAAGCUACGAUCGCGGGCACAAAUGAAUCGCCGCAAAGAGGACCCAGACGAUUUCAUCGGAGACUUUUCAGAAGAGGAAGAGGUGUCUGGCUCUGAUUUCGAAUCAGAAAAUGCCAAGAAGAAGCGACAAAAGCAGAACCUUUACCUGUGGGAUGAUGAUUUUCCGCGAUACUCCACCCGACAGCGAAACCCCGCUUUGGACUACAAUGAAAAUGCUGCGGACGAAGAGCUUGAUUUGGAAGAGAGGGGGCCUGAAGUCUAUGCGGAAGCAUAUCCGCCAGAAGAAGAAGGUGAUGUGAUAGAUGGGUUUUUCGACCAACGUACGGUGGAGGUUGAAGACGAAGAUGGCAACGCUGUGGAGCAAAGUCAAUAUCUGGUCAAGUGGCUAGGUCGUUCGUAUCGGGAACUGCAGUGGUGUGACGUCCAGUACCUGGAGACUCUUAAGGGGUUCAAAAAGAUUGACAAGUUCAUCAAAGAGUUCAAUGAACGACAGGCCAUUCUCGAAGACCCCUAUCUCACUGAAGAAGAUAGAGAACGUGUAUUGAUGGAGAUCAACGAUAAGAAGGAUCUCCUUGAGGAACACAAGAAGGUGGAUCGUAUCAUUGCCAGUCGCGUGGUAAGCCCCGAUGAGGACAACCCGAGCGGCACGCAGUAUUACUGUAAGUGGCGGGGAUUAGGAUACGAGGAAGGUACCUGGGAGUCAGCAACGUCAUUGGCCGACGAUCAGGCCGAGAUCGAUUCGUUCCUGGAUCGGUCCAACAGUCAGCAAGUGCCAAGUCGAAGCGAGCAAUACAAGCCUGACCAUCGCCCACCAUAUAAGCCUUUCCGGGAAGCGGACUUUUUGGUGGGAGGUGAACUCCGAGAGUUCCAGUUGAUUGGAGUCAACUGGAUGGCGGAUCUGUGGCAUAGGAACGAAAACGGGAUCUUGGCAGAUGAAAUGGGUUUAGGAAAGACCGUGCAAACUGUUUCGUUCCUCUCAUAUCUCUUCCAUAUUAUGAAAGUAUACGGGCCAUUCCUAGUCGUCGUACCCCUUGGUACCAUCUCCGCAUGGCAGCGCGAGUUUGCAAGAUGGGCACCAGAUAUGAACGUUGUUCUAUAUCAAGGAAACGCAAAGGGACGCAGCAUCAUUCGAGAAUACGAGUUUUACUCGUAUACCGCCAAAAAGGGUCGUCCUGCAAAGCGGAUAUUGCGGUUCAAUGUCCUCUUAACGACGUAUGAGAUGAUCAUACAAGAUAAGGCACAUUUGAACAAAAUCAAAUGGGCAUUUCUAGCAGUAGAUGAAGCGCACCGAUUGAAAAACGAGGACUCCAAACUUCACCAGUCGCUUGCGAAAGAAUAUAUGGUUGCCAACCGCUUGCUGAUCACUGGAACGCCCCUGCAAAACAACGUACAGGAGCUUAUGGCUUUAAUCCAGUUCCUGAUGCCCGGUGCUAGUAUCGACAUGGACCUGGAGAUUGACCUCGACGCGACAGAUAAUGAGGAGCAAAAGGGAAAGAUCCAGUACUUGCACAAUCUGCUUACGAAGCUUAUGCUUCGACGACUAAAGAAGGAUGUUGAGACCUCCCUCCCCGGCAAGACGGAGCUGAUUCUUCGAAUACCAAUGUCAGAGCUUCAGAAGAAGUAUUACACCGCUAUUUUUACAAAGAAUUUCGCAGGGUUGAAGAAUGGAUCAAAGGACGAAGUACGAAUCAGUCUCCAGAACGUGGUGAUGGAGUUGAAGAAGGCUAGCAAUCACCCGUUCUUGUUCCCGAAUGCCCGUAACUUUACCACAUCCAGGAAUGAUUCAUUUGUGGAUAUUCUCAGCAGUUCAGGGAAGAUGGUUUUAUUGGAUAAGUUGUUGACCCGUAUGAAAGCAGAAGGGCGACGUGUGCUUAUUUUUUCCCAAAUGGUGAACAUGCUCAAUAUCUUGGCUGAGUAUUUGACGCUUCGGGGACUACAAUUUCAACGCUUGGAUGGUACCGUGCAGUCGGAAGCGAGGAAACGAGCUAUGGAUCACUUCAAUGCCCCCGGGUCUACCGACUUUGCAUUUUUGUUGUCAACCAGGGCUGGGGGACUCGGUUUGAAUUUGGAGACUGCCGACACUGUUAUUUUAUUUGACCUAGAUUGGAACCCGCAAAAUGAUCUGCAAGCUAUUGCACGUGCCCAUCGGAUUGGCCAAAAGAAACAUGUAAAUGUGUACCGCUUCAUCACUGCUGGAUCAAUUGAGGAGGAUAUCAUUGAACGGGCUAAAAGAAAGAUGGUUCUCGAGUACGCCAUCAUUCAGCAAAUGGAAAAUAAUGGACAAGUGUACGAGAAGAUUGAGAAAGAGAAGCAGCUUUCGGAGGAGCUGCAGAAGCCGACCAGAGAUGAGCUGGCCACAAUUUUGAAGUUUGGUGCGAAGAAAUUAUUUGAACAGGAUGCUGCGGAGCAAGCAGGGGCCAACGGCGAGACGAAUGACAAUAAAGUGGAAAAACUCGACCUGGAUGAUAUCUUGGCGCGCGCCGAGAAGACUGAGCUUGCACAGGCGCAACCAGUGGCCGGAGGCAGUGAUGAGUUCAUGGAACGGUGGAAGACAAUGAAUGUACAAAUGGAUCAGUUAGAAUGGGACUCGCUUGUUCCCGCUAAUGAUCGAGACAAAGUGGCGGAAGCUGAGGAACUAUUGAAAGAAUCCCAACCAAAAGUGCCAGCACCUCGGAAGCGGCUACCUCAAAUCUCGUAUGCCGAAGGGGAGGGUGAGGAGGAGGAAAUCGGAACCCGUAAGCGGAGCGCGAAGGCUACAAAAGGUAAAGGAAAAAAGGGCGGCCAAGCCAACCAACUCGAUAAGAAGGCCAUCGGGGAUUUGGCGAAUGCUUUGAUGACGUGGGGUGACCUUGACAGACGAUUUGAUGAGAUUAUCAGUCAUGCCAACCUUGGAGAUAAGAGCGCGGAUGCGGUUAAGACGCACGCCAGAGAGAUUAUGGCCGCCUGUGAGGAGGCUGUGCGCGUGAAUGAAGAGGCAACGCAAGGACAGAAGACUUCCAAAGCAGACAAAGAGAAGGCCAUUUAUGCUGACUACAAGGGAACCAAGGACAUUAAUGCAAAGAAGAUGAUUGAGCGAAUCCCGCUUCUGAACGCCCUGACAGAUGAGAUGGAAUCGCACAAAAACCAGUUGUCGUUCCGUUUGGAACAAACGGAUCUCGGCUUUACUGGCAAAUGGGACUCGAAACCUCCAUGGAACACCAAAGACGAUGCCAUGCUCCUAGUUGGUGUGUACCGACACGGUUUUGGAAAUUGGAGAGCAAUACAGGCAGAUGCAGAGCUAGGCUUUGCCAAAAAGUUUCAUCUCGGAGGCGAGCGGAGUUCAGACCAGAAGGACAAGUUACUGCCCAAAAAGCUCCAUCUCGAUCGACGCGCCAUGUAUCUGCUUAAAGAACUGCAAACGCGGCAGAAUAAUAUUCGGUUGGCCCGCGAAAAGACGAAUUCAAAGAAACGUGCCAGGGAAAGUGCAAAGAGCGGAAAUGGGGUCGUCCGGGUGAAAAACAGCAAAACGGAGGCGGAGCCUGCAGACAAGUCGCCACGACCGAAAAAGAAGAGCAGAACUAGCGAAGUAGCUGAAAAGAAGGACCGUGCAGAGUCGGAUCUCUUCACGGACUAUGACGAGUCAAAGUAUAAACAGAUGCUGCGUCCUGUCAAAGACCAAAUGCUCAGACUGCGUGGCCCUCCUGCCUUUGAGGAAGACGAUCCAGACGUCAGGGAACGGAAGCAAACCCAAUGGAAGCUAGAUCGUGCCAAGAAUGAGUUUUUGGCGGUGUGCUCACUGAUUGAGGAUUACGUAGCAAAAGAGAGGACGCCAAUCAAAAAACAACGUAUUCAAGCGCAUCUGUUUAGGUUUAUUGCCGAUAACUUCUUUUGGACGAAAGCGGAUGGGACAUGCGAGGACUGGGAAACACUACGAAAGUUGUGGGAAAUAGCCCAUGCUGGGAAAGAAAAGAGUGAUGAAAAAGAGCAGCAAAAUGGACAACAUGGCGAUGCGAAAUUGGAGUCGCCUGCUCCGGCGGCCGCCAAACGCAAGCGUGGCGAUCGCGACGGUGAUACACCUACCGCACAUUCUAAGCGUCAUUCUCCCCUCAAAGAGGAUUUAGCCUCAGAAAACACACCGUCAACGCAUAGGCGAAAACGGGAGCGAGAAGACGUAUUGUCACCUUCGGGUGCUCCACCCCCCAAACGUCAUGAAAACGGUCGAAACGGGAUUUUGGCGAAUCUCGGCGAAAAGUACAAGAUACCAAAAAAACAAGAUAUUGUAAAACCCCGAAAGAGCAAAAGUCCCAGUCGGAGCCCCAGCCGAAGCCGGAGUAGAAGCCGAAGCCACAGUCGGACUCGCGAUAACUCUCGGCGGGAUCGCUCCUGGGAGCGCGAUAGGAAAAGAGAGCGCGGACGAGAUGAGAGGGACAGAGAGCGGGAUAAGGGAAGGGAAAGGGAGCGAGGAAGGGGUGAUAGGGACCGGGAGAGGAAGGGGGAUCGAUAUAAUCCUUAUCGUCGAUGAUGAUGAUGGAUAAUCUUGGUCAACGGGGGACACUCGGCGAGCCACUUGAACCUGGUUUUGGAGUUAGACGGACGACCCCUUUACGCUCUGGAUGCGAAAUACAAAUUUCGGAGGGGAGUCAGCCACUUUUUUUAUUUUUCCUGUAUCCAUUCCUUUUCGUAUUCCUCUAGUUCUGUGCUGUGACAGAAAAUUGCAUUUUUCUUGGUUGAUGAUAGGUGUUUUGAAAUGAUGUCACUUAGUGCAGGACUUGUGUACACUUUCUGUCUUUCAGACAUGUUACAUAAAAAAAUAAUUAUCGAUAACAUUGAAAAGGA